AUGGUUGCAAGGAUACCACUAUUUCAACUUAAGUCUAGGAUACUCAGAUAUUCCAUCCCAACUUUAGUCACUGUUACUGGUGCUGUAAUUGUAUGGAAGUCCCUAGGGAUAAGAACUCCCUCGAGAACUGAAUUAUCGCCGACACAUUUCACUCCAUACAAGAUAUCAUACAGACAGGACAUUGAUGCAUCCCAUUAUUUAUUGGAACUAACACCAUCUAACCCUCAAAAGACUAACAUUUGGGAACAGAUUCCACGCAACGUGAUAUGGUCCGUCGAGAUAAAACAACCGGAAAUAAUGGUUGUGAGAAACUAUACACCUGUACCCUUAUCCUUCGUUCAAGAUCAUAAUGACCUGAUACCUAUGACCGAUAAGAAUGACACUGGAAAAUUAGUAUUUUACUUAAAACAAUAUUCUAAUGGUGAAGUUGCUAGAUGGCUACAUAGAUUACCAGUGAAUUCUACUGUGGAAAUAAGAGGACCGUUUAUUGAUUACAAAUUUCAGGAAACAGAUAACACUAAGUUCGAUGUCUCCAUGUUUACAGCAGGUGCUGGGGUAGUCACGGCGUUCCAAUUAUUAUUAUCGCCAUCAUCCAAAAAUGAUUUUAGAGGAAGUGUGCGAUUGUUCCAUUCAUGUGGUUCAUUGAAUGAAUUGGGUCCCCUAAAGAAAAUUAUGUUUAGUUUACAACAUGACAAUGGUCCAAUCGAUAUGAAAUUUUUUGAAUCCGAGAAAGGUGAUGAUAUAAGAACUCAAUUAAAGAGUGUGUCGCAGUUGUUCCCACAAUUUAAACCUUCUCAACUUGGUAGGAGUAAUUUAAGACAAUUAGCUCUUGUAUGUGGCCCUGAAGGUUUCAUUGAUACUGUUGCUGGUGCCAGCGUUGAUCUUGAACAAGGGCCUGUAGGUGGGAUACUUAAGCAAAAUGGAUGGCCUAGGGAGAAUGUAUUUAAGUUUUUAUAG